AUGGUAUUUCAGGAGUUCAAAGUAGUUAUGUUUGUGAAACUUCUUUUGGGAAAUUGGAAUUCUUAUGCUGUCAGAAUGUCCACAGAAGGAGGAUUUGGUGGUGCUAGCAGCAGCGAUGCCCAGCAGAGCCUGCAGUCCUUCUGGCCUCGUGUCAUGGAAGAAAUCCGAAAUUUAACAGUGAAAGAUUUCCGAGUCCAGGAACUCCCACUGGCUCGUAUUAAGAAGAUUAUGAAACUGGAUGAAGAUGUGAAGAUGAUCAGUGCAGAAGCCCCUGUGUUGUUUGCCAAGGCAGCCCAGAUUUUUAUCACAGAGUUGACUCUUCGAGCCUGGAUCCAUACAGAGGAUAACAAGCGCCGGACUCUUCAGAGAAAUGAUAUCGCCAUGGCGAUUACAAAAUUUGAUCAGUUUGACUUUCUCAUCGAUAUUGUUCCAAGAGAUGAGCUGAAACCACCGAAGCGUCAGGAGGAGGUGCGCCAGUCUGUGACCCCUGCCGAGCCCGUGCAGUACUACUUCACGCUGGCUCAGCAGCCUACUGCCGUUCAAGUCCAGGGGCAGCAGCAAGGCCAGCAGACCACCAGCUCCACAACCACCAUCCAGCCCGGGCAGAUCAUCAUUGCGCAGCCUCAGCAGGGCCAGACGACACCUGUGACCAUGCAAGUUGGCGAAGGUCAGCAGGUGCAGAUUGUCCAGGCCCAGCCACAAGGUCAAGCCCAGCAGGCCCAGAGUGGCACUGGACAGACCAUGCAGGUGAUGCAGCAGAUCAUCACGAACACAGGAGAGAUCCAGCAGAUCCCGGUGCAGCUGAAUGCCGGCCAGCUGCAGUAUAUCCGCUUAGCCCAGCCUGUAUCAGGCACCCAAGUUGUACAGGGACAGAUCCAGACGCUUGCCACCAAUGCUCAACAGAUCACACAGACAGAGGUCCAGCAAGGACAGCAGCAGUUCAGCCAGUUCACGGAUGGACAGCAGCUCUACCAGAUCCAGCAAGUCACCAUGCCUGCCGGCCAGGACCUCGCCCAGCCCAUGUUCAUCCAGUCAGCCAACCAGCCCUCCGACGGGCAGGCCCCCCAGGUGACCGGCGACUGA